GUGACUGUUUAUCUCGCCGUCGUGUAGUUCAAGGAAUUUUGAGCAUAAUAGCAUAAGCAAGUAUAAACUUCAGCAAUGAGAAGAGUCGUCGUUACGGGCCUUGGUCUAGUGACUCCAUUAGGAACAGGAGUGAAAGCAGUAUGGGAAAAUAUUAUCAACAGCAAGUGCGGAAUUGUGUCCUUGAAGGAUCGACCGGGAUUCAGUGAACUCCCUGUAAAUAUCGGAGCUGCUGUCAAAGAAGGUCCACUCAGCGAAGGUGGCUUUACCGCUUCAGAGUGGUUGGAUAGAGGCGACGAUAGAACCACAGCGCUAUUUACAAGAUACGCCAUAUCAUCUGCGAAGCAAGCUCUUCAGGACGCAGGGUGGUCACCGCAAACUGAAGAGGAAAAAGAGAGAACGGGUGUAUGUCUAGGAUCUGGAAUGGGAAGUUUAGAUGAUUUAUACACCACGUCAACGGUGUAUUCAACUUCCGGCUACAAGAAAGUCUCACCCAUGUUUGUUCCCAAAAUUCUGAUCAAUAUGGCUGCUGGACAUCUGACAAUGAAGUUUGGGUUCAAGGGUCCAAACCAUGCUGCAUCAACCGCCUGUACAACUGGAGCCCAUUCCAUUGGAGAUGCAAUGAGAUUCAUACAGUUUAAUGAUGCUGAUGUUAUGAUAGCGGGCGGCUCUGAAGCCUGUAUCCACCCGCUUGCAAUUGCAGGAUUUUGCAAAGCAAAAUCUCUAGCAGCAACAUACAACGAAAAUCCUGAAGAAUCUUCUCGACCAUUUGACAAGGAUCGAUCAGGCUUUGUAAUCGGUGAAGGAUCUGGUGUCGUUGUCCUAGAGGAAUAUGAACAUGCCAAGAGAAGAGGGGCUAAUAUUUAUGCUGAAAUCAAAGGGUACGGGCUCUCAGGCGAUGCUCACCAUAUGACAGCACCGCCUGAAAAUGGACAGGGCGCCGCUUUGGCAAUGAAGAGAGCCUUGGGUCAUGCAAAGCUAACAGCGGCUGACAUUGAUUAUGUGAAUGCACACGCUACCAGUACACCACAAGGUGACGUUGCCGAAAAUAGGGCCAUUAAAUCCAUUUUUGAUGGACAUUGGGACAAUAUAAGUGUGUCCUCCACAAAAGGCGCCACUGGACAUCUUUUGGGAGCGGCUGGUGCCGUAGAGGCAAUCUUUACGAUAUUGGCAUUGAAGAAUAAUGUCCUGCCCCCUACGCUGAACUUGCAUGGCUUCAGUAACGAUGAGUUUAAUCUGAAUUAUGUACCCCUGGUUGCGCAAGAAGGCAAAGAAAUUAGAGCUGCUUUAACGAAUUCGUUUGGUUUCGGUGGUACCAACGCUAGCCUUUGUUUUGCCAAAGUGGAAUAAAAAGCUUAGUAACAACAAUAGUAGUGCUAGGGUGAUAUGCUGCAGGAACGUUUGGGUUGAGAAUUGCUUGGAUAUUUCAUGACAAAGAAAAAAAUCUGUCUUUUGCUUCGACCAAAAUUUCCAC